UUUGCCGAACGUCUGUGGCCCGGAAUCCCUUUGCCGUGGAGAGCGGCGCGAGCCCAGAAGCUGAAAGAAGUUGGGUAGGUCGAUCCGGGAAGGGUAGUAGAAACCUUUAAAAGAUCUCCUAACCGUUCUGUCCUGAUCGUUUGGACCCAGGAGGAACGUCCCUGCUUGCGUCUAGGGGCGGAAGGUGGACGCGCUGCGUACGGCCCCGCCAGGGCUGGUAGUUUUCAGACCGUCCCUGCCGAGGCCCGCUCGCCCGGCAGCCCUGCGGCUCCCGCGGUGGCGGCGGCGGCCCCAGGCUCGAUCCAGCCCAGGUAGCCGCGUCUCAGUCUCUGGGGGCGCUGUGACCCCGCUCCUGGUUGUGCCUGGGACCCCUGUUCCUUGGAGCACCGCUGCUGGAGAGUGACCCCGACUGCUACUGAUGGUGCUUCUGCUGCUCUCCUACUAGCAGGAGUGACUCCUACUCAAAAGUGGACUUUGGAGGAGGGUCCCUUAGACCAGCAGAAUGGAAGCCCGGCAAGGAAAUCAGCUGACUCAGGAGCCGGAGUGAGAGGCACGCACUCUCCGCCCCAGCCAGCCUGCACCAUGAACUUGCCAUCCCCUUCUGCUUGUUGAGAGCCUAGGGAAUGGUACAUUGCUAGAGAGAGAUGGCUUUCUUUUCUCCCUGGAAGUUGUCCUCUCAGAAGCUGGGCUUUUUCCUGGUGACUUUUGGCUUCAUCUGGGGGAUGAUGCUUUUGCACUUCACGAUCCAGCAGCGAACUCAGCCCGAGAGCAGCUCCAUGCUGCGGGAGCAGAUCCUCGACCUCAGCAAAAGGUACAUUAAGGCACUGGCAGAAGAGAACAGGAACGUGGUGGACGGACCAUACGCCGGCGUCAUGACAGCCUAUGAUCUGAAGAAAACGCUUGCUGUGUUGCUGGAUAACAUCCUGCAGCGCAUCGGCAAGCUCGAGUCAAAGGUGGACAACCUCGUCAAUGGUACGGGAGCGAAUUCCACCAACUCCACCACGGCUGUCCCCAGCUUGGUGUCACUUGAAAAAAUUAAUGUGGCAGAUAUCAUUAAUGGCGUUCAAGAGAAAUGCGUAUUGCCUCCUAUGGAUGGCUACCCCCACUGCGAGGGGAAAGUCAAGUGGAUGAAGGACAUGUGGCGCUCGGACCCCUGCUACGCAGACUAUGGAGUGGACGGGACCUCCUGCUCCUUCUUUAUUUACCUCAGUGAGGUUGAAAAUUGGUGUCCUCGUUUACCUUGGAGAGUGAAGACUCCCUAUGAAGAAGCCGACCACAACUCAUUGGCGGAAAUCCGUACGGAUUUUAACAUUCUCUACGGCAUGAUGAAGAAGCACGAGGAGUUCCGCUGGAUGAGACUGCGGAUCCGGCGAAUGGCUGACGCGUGGAUCCAAGCAAUCAAGUCUCUGGCAGAGAAACAAAACCUCGAAAAGAGGAAACGGAAGAAAAUUCUUGUUCACCUGGGGCUCCUGACCAAGGAAUCAGGCUUCAAGAUUGCAGAGACAGCGUUCAGCGGUGGCCCUCUUGGUGAACUAGUGCAGUGGAGUGACUUAAUCACAUCUCUGUACCUGCUGGGCCAUGACAUCCGGAUCUCAGCCUCACUGGCUGAACUCAAGGAGAUUAUGAAGAAGGUUGUUGGAAACCGGUCUGGCUGCCCAACUGUGGGAGACAGAAUUGUUGAGCUUAUCUAUAUCGACAUUGUGGGACUGGCUCAGUUUAAGAAAACACUAGGACCAUCCUGGGUUCAUUACCAGUGCAUGCUCCGGGUGCUAGACUCCUUUGGAACAGAACCCGAGUUCAAUCAUGCGAGUUAUGCCCAGUCGAAAGGCCACAAGACCCCCUGGGGGAAGUGGAAUCUGAACCCGCAGCAGUUUUACACCAUGUUCCCUCAUACCCCAGACAACAGCUUUCUGGGCUUCGUGGUUGAGCAGCACCUGAAUUCCAGCGACAUCCACCACAUUAACGAGAUCAAACGGCAGAACCAGUCCCUUGUGUAUGGCAAAGUGGAUAGUUUCUGGAAGAAUAAGAAAAUCUACUUGGAUAUCAUUCACACGUACAUGGAAGUGCACGCCACCGUCUAUGGCUCCAGUACCAAGAACAUUCCCAGCUAUGUGAAAAACCAUGGCAUCCUCAGUGGGCGUGACCUGCAGUUCCUUCUCCGGGAAACCAAGCUGUUUGUGGGGCUUGGGUUCCCUUAUGAAGGCCCCGCCCCCCUGGAGGCCAUCGCGAAUGGGUGCGCUUUCCUAAACCCCAAGUUCAGUCCUCCCAAAAGCAGCAAGAACACAGACUUCUUCAUCGGCAAGCCAACACUGAGAGAGCUGACGUCCCAGCACCCAUACGCAGAAGUCUUCAUUGGCCGGCCUCACGUCUGGACGGUGGAUCUCAAUAACCGAGAGGAAGUAGAAGAUGCAGUGAAAGCCAUCUUAAACCAGAAGAUUGAGCCGUAUAUGCCGUAUGAGUUCACAUGUGAAGGCAUGCUGCAGAGAAUCAACGCUUUCAUUGAAAAGCAGGACUUCUGCCAUGGCCAAGUGAUGUGGCCACCCCUGAGCGCCCUGCAGGUGAAGCUGGCUGAGCCCGGGCAGUCCUGCAAACAGGUGUGCCAGGAGAGCCAGCUCAUCUGCGAGCCAUCUUUCUUUCAACACCUCAACAAGGAAAAGGACCUGCUGAAGUAUAAGGUGAUCUGCCAAAGUUCAGAACUGUACAAGGACAUCCUGGUACCCUCCUUCCACCCCAAGAGCAAGCACUGUGUAUUCCAAGGGGAUCUCCUGCUCUUCAGCUGUGCCGGGGCCCACCCCACACACCAGCGGAUCUGCCCCUGCCGGGACUUCAUCAAGGGCCAAGUGGCCCUCUGCAAGGACUGCCUAUAGCAUGGCCGCCCUGAAUUCAUCCCGAUGGGAAAGGCGUGGCUCCACUGGGUAGGGCCAAGGGGCACAAAGACAUUCAGGGACUCUGACCAGAGCCUGAGAUCUUUGGUCCAGGGAUUGGAUUUAGUACUGCUCCAGCCGCAGCCAGUGCAUCACAGUUUACACCAAAACCACAAGAGAACAGAGGUUAGAAGAGCCUGGGUUCUCCCCGGUGUGACGAAUGUACUCUCAACCCAGGAGAUCGACUGUAGGGAAAUGGUCCAGACAGUUGCUCCCAGGAAUUUUUUUUUUUCUUUUAAAGAAGGGAUAAAAGUCCAGAGACUCAUUCAAACAGAAAACACAGGAAGAGGGAUUGAGCCAAUUGGGAAGGACUUUGGGGACAAUCCUAAACCAAUUAAUUUAUUUAUUUGGGAGUUUGGGGUGGGCUCGGGAGGGUGGAAAGGGGUUGGACAAUUUCCUUUUGUUCCUCACCGCCAGUCACCCACCUUCAGGGCCUUCUUGUCCUACAGCACCAAGCAGGAUGCAGAAGGCUGUGGAGCUUGACUCCUGGUGACAGGGGACAGCAGAGGAAAAAGGUGUCUUUAAGCAGGGGGUGUAGCUCAGUUCGUAGAAUGCUUGUGUAGCAUACAUGAAGUCCUGGGUUCCAUCCCCAGCCCCACAUAAAACCAGGUAAGAAGUAGAGGCAGGAGAACCAAACGUUCUCCUUAGCUACAUAACAAAGUCACAGCCUUUGUCCCCAAGUCUCAGAAAAAGGGGGGAAAUGGCCUUGACAGCACAGCCAGCCCCUGUCAAAGCAUUGCCAGAGCCGAUGGAUCCUAGGUGCUCUUGGUAGAGGGCAGCUAAAAGGCACAGAACCUUGGUGGGGAAGUAAAUGCCUGUGGUGUCCUGAGGCCCCACCAAGUUCCAAAGACAGGCUAGGCUACGGAGGAGAGAGGCUGCUUUCCCGUGUGCCCCUCCCCAACUAGCUUGGUCCAAAUUUCUGGUUAGAAUUCACCUUUGUUGAAGAAACAUGAGAUUAAGUGAUUCUUGUUUGCUGCUGUGGUAAACUCAGCCCCACCCCACCCCGCACACCCCCAUCGAAGGUUCCAGGAGCUCUGCUUGAACCUGGAGAGGGCAUCUCUAGCCUCAAAACAGCUUAGAUUCGGAUGAGAAUGUCAGUCCUAGAGUCAGUAGCACGAGGCUCUGUGCCUUGCCCCCAUUGAUGUCUGAUAUCGCUGCAAUCCAGGGAAUUUGACUCUUUGAACUUGAUGGUUUCCAGGGAAGAAAGGACAGUUCAGGAUGAAUGCUAGGUAUUAUCCUGGCCACACCCCCAGUGGGUGUGGCCUACCAAGGGUGGAAGCCUGGGGCUGGCUUUUACUUGAAGCACUAUUGUCCUAUGGAGUUUGAGCUGCCCUUGAGGACCAGGCAGCAGGUUGGCCUAGGCGGUAUGCCGGAAUCCCCACCUUUCACACCCUGGAGCCCUUUGUGAGUCCACCCCUGCUGAAGUAUUGCUUCUGUGCUCUGCAUGAGUUUCUGGAGACACUUCCCACACGUCUCUCCAUGCUGGUAAAUGAACCAAUCCUCUUCUACCUCUUGCUGUUAGCAUUGUCCUCCCAGCCCCUGCUGGCACUGCCCAGCACCUCCCUGUGGCCAGGUGGAGCCUCUGACUAGCUGAACAGCAGAGCAAGGCCUGGACCUGGCUGGGCCCUCCAAAAGCAACAGAAAGGAGGAUCUGCUUGUGGUGACCGAGGGGUGGGGAGAUGGCGCAUGGAACUUUUAGGUCUGGAAAUCACCCGCUCGCCUCUUGAUUUCUACCGGGGUACAUACAUCACGCCAACCACACCUCUAGCGCCUCCCCAACCAUGUCCCUUUUGGCCCUAAAACAGACAUGUCAGGGGCCUGAGAUUCUAGUCCUAGAGUAUGACGUGGAAUCAAGAGGAGAUGCCAGAGCAGGUACUACCCCAAGCACUGACAGGGUCCCUCGGCCAGGCUGCCACCUCCGCCCAGGUGCAGCCCCCAGGAAGGCAGAAGAAGUUCAAAAGCCUAGCUUUGAAACAUCUUUUAUAAGCUUUGAAAAGUUUCCCUGCUGCGGGAGGAGGGAAAGCUGUGCAGUCUCUCUGGGAAGAACUCUUCCCUUAGAGUGGGCCCUGGGGCCUGCACCCCAGAGUUAUGGGAAUCUGCCCAUUUUCAGGUUUCCAGACCUGAAAAUUGGGUUGUGGGUGGCAGUGCUGACGUUCAGCCAGCAGGGGGCGCCAAGCUGAAAAUAAUCCCCAUGUUGCAGAUGACUGUAAACAGGCUGGAAGGCAACUUGUCUCCACCUGCAAAAGCUUCCGGGCCCUGAGCUCAGGGUCCCUCCAUACUCCUAUUCCUGAUCGUCUCCAGUUCAAGCCCAGAGUCACACAACCCAAAAGAGUUCUUUCUCCCAUGUCAUAAAUCCCUCUCCCUGUUUUAGGCAGAAAUAAGUAAGCUCACUUCCUGUGGUGGGUCCCUGCUCUUGGGACUAACCAAGCGUAGUCUAGUUAUUCAGAGAAUUAGCAAUAGGUGUGAUGUUCCUGAAUGUACACCAGAUCCCAGGCCUCUUCAGAGUUAGCAAGACAUGGAUGGCCACGUGGCCGUCAAGGGGAAGUUCACCUGACCCAUGUUUGGGCUUUCUGCCUGUCGGUGUGGAAGACGGCAGAGAAGGCACUCACAGCCCUGACUGGGAGCAUUGGCGAUUCCGUAGGAACCGAGGACUGUGUGUGAUUGAACCUUCAUCCAGGAGAGGAGUCUGCAAUCAGGACUCAUGUGCUCUACACGAUAAUCACAGAUCACCCAAGCAUUAGAGUCAGUUUCCCCUUUGUGAUGUUAGGCCCUGAAAAUAGGGGGAAAGCUUUAUCUAAUUUAUUAAGAGAGAGGAUGCAUCAUUGCCUCAGAAGGUGAGAGCUUUUCAGAGCAGGAACUCCUGACAGGGGCCAUGCCUCGUGCAGUUCUGUGUGCGUGCUUGUACAAAUGGAAGCACUGUGUAGAGGUUUAUUCUGUCUCUUGAGAUGAACUGUGUGUUUUAGGUGAGUGUUUGGAAAUAUCCAUCUGUUCUUUUGCUGGGACAUGUCUUUUUCAUUUCUCUUUGGGGUUGGAUUUUGAAGGCUGGGUGCUAUUGAAGGCUGACAGCAGAUUGUUCCAGCCUAGGAUAACUACAUGUGUCCGCAGCAUAUGUGCACACACAUGUCCCAGUGUAUGCAGGCACACAAGACUGUACAUAUAGUUUAUACAUGUGUGUUUUGUGUAUGUUCCCAGUGUGUGGUGUAUACACAUGCACCCCCCAGAAUAGGGCCAAGGGUGCCAAGAAUCCUUUAGUACCCUCAGGACCAGACCCUAUCUCUGAGUCUGAUGAUGACCAAGGUUAUGAAGGGCCUUGUGCCCCGUCGCCCUGUCCCUAGCUGACAUGUUGCUGAGGCAGAAAGCCAGGCUUCAAGCCAGUCUCUGUAGAAGAAGGAGCCCCCGAGUACUUCAGCUAGUUAGCAUGGUGGAGGUGAGAUGUCUGCUUUUUCUUGUCCUUAGUGACUGAAUGUGGACAUGAAGCUGCAGUACCUAUUAGUGAGUCAAGUUGCACUGAAACUAUGUAUUGUUUAUGGGUGCGUGUGUGUCCCUUAGAUCAGACCAGGGUGGUUUACCUAGACUGUGUGUAAUUAGGCACCACCACCCUCUCCCAAAAUUCUUGACUGAGAAGGAAAGACAAGAGUGUUUUGUUAACGAUAGGCUAUGCUGUAUGUGUCACGAUUCCAAGCCUGGACUGCUUUAUUUAUUUAAAACUAUUUCAGUUUCUCCUUCUCUUCCCCUCUGUCUGUGUGGCUGCAGAGUGUGUCUCCGUUAGAGUAGAUGGAUGGCAGGAAUAGGUUUGUAGCCCUUCAGGAAGCCAGCAGCCUGGAGCUGGGAUUGGGUUCCUCUCAUCCGUGUUGCCUUCAACAGAAGUUUUUUGGUUCGGGUUUUGUUUUGUUUUUGUUUGGUUUUUUUUUACAUAUAGCAAAAGACCAAAUUAGCUGUAUAGUCUUGGAUACAGAAUAUAAGAAUUAUUCUAGCUGUCCUAGCACUUAGGGUCCUGUGGGGAUUCCGUGUUUAGCACAGUGCCUGGCUCAUAGUAAGCCUGGUGAAUGUUCAAUAUUGAUAUUAGUAGUAUAUCAUAAAACUUGAGAAAUAUAGAGCUGCGCUCACGCCCUAACUGUUGAUUCAGACAUGAUGGUUACAUAAAAAUCUUGUUGAGUCGAUCAGAUGCUAUCGGAAUUAAUUGUUUUAAAUGUUUAAGCUCUGUGCCUACCCUGCUCGCUGGAAUUCUAGUGUUUUCUUGAAUGCACUGAGUAAUUGGAAAAUUUGUCAGUCUUCAGCACUCCAUGAAACAAGGCUGAAUUUAUUACCUGAAGUUGAACCACCAAUAUGUUCUGGAACAUUCCAGGGGUUUCUUUGAGGAACUUUUUGAGCUCAAAAUUAAAAGUUCUCUCACAAGUUUCA